AUGGGGUAUGUAAACGUGGAGAAGAGAUGGGUAUUCCCUCUUGUCAUCACAUCUCUCGUCUGCGUUUUUCUCCUCGCAACCACUUUCAACAUGGGCCUUGCUUCUUCCCUCCGUAAAUUCAACUCCAUCUUCUCCAUCAUCCCUUCUCCUCUCGCCAAGAACCAAACCAAACUCGACUUCGCAGAGUCUAAAGUCGCUAGACAAGAAACUCGUCCUCAUGAAGACAAGCUUCCCCGUUUUGCAUACCUUGUUUCCGGGUCCAAAGGGGACGUGGAAAAGCUUUGGAGAACGCUUAGAGCAGUGUACCAUCCGAGAAACCAGUACGUUGUUCAUUUGGAUCUUGAGUCACCGGUUGAUGAGAGAUUAGAGCUGGCUUCUCGGAUUAAUAAGGAUCCUAUGUAUUCUAAAACCGGGAAUGUCUAUAUGAUAACAAAGGCUAAUCUUGUCACAUAUAGAGGACCAACGAUGGUGGCUAAUACACUUCACGCUUGUGCUGUUUUGCUUAAGAGAAGUGCUAACUGGGAUUGGUUUAUUAAUCUUAGUGCUUCUGAUUAUCCCCUUGUGACACAAGAUGAUCUGCUUCAUACUUUUUCAACUCUGGACCGGAACCUCAACUUUAUUGAGCAUACAAGUGAUCUUGGUUGGAAAGAGGAGAAAAGAGCAAUGCCAGUAAUGAUUGAUCCUGGACUCUACAUGUUGAACAAAUCAGAUAUAUACUGGGUCACACCUCGUCGAAGUUUACCAACUGCGUUUAAACUAUUCACUGGAUCUGCUUGGAUGGCUCUAUCACGUCCCUUUGUAGAGUACUGCAUAUGGGGAUGGGACAACUUACCACGAACUCUCCUUAUGUAUUACACCAACUUCGUUUCAUCACCUGAAGGUUACUUCCAAACCGUAAUCUGCAACGUGCCAGAGUUUUCAAAAACUCCACUCAACCAUGACCUCCACUACAUCUCCUGGGACACUCCCCCGCAGCAGCACCCUCACGUGUUGUCACUCAACGACACGUCACAGAUGAUAUCCAGCGGUGCUGCCUUCGCUAGAAAAUUCAAAAGAGACGACAAAGUGCUUGAUUUGAUUGAUAAGGAGUUGCUUAAAAGGAGAAACGGUGAUGAUGGUUUUACUCUUGGUGGGUGGUGCAGUGGGAAACCAAAGUGCUCCCAGGUCGGUGAUGUGGCUAACAUUAAGCCUAGUCCUGGAGCUCAGAGGCUUCAGGGACUUGUGGACAGGUUAGUCAAUGAGGCUAAAACAGGAGUUAAUCAAUGUAAAUAG